UCUCUGUGACAUGGCGCCUGAAUUCACUGAAGCCUCGUCUUCUUUCUUUGCACUUGCCAUUGGGUGGGAUUAUGCUAAUAGUGUGCACUGUGACAUAGACGUAUUAUGGAAGUAAUAUCUGGACGAGGCGUUUUGGGCAGGUCUGGAGUCGUGUUCUCUGUUAGACAGAAUAAAUCCCUUUGUGGGAGACUAUGAGUGUGACCUCAUCUUAUGAUGUCCUCCCACAUACAGUAUCGUACAGCGAACGCAUAUAUGGAGCUAAUCUUGUGACAAAAGUUUCAAAUAAAAUAAAAUCCACAAGCAAGGUAUUAAUUAUCAGAAUGUGUUUUUUUCAUGUAUAUAUUUAUGCAAAAAUGAGAAUCAAAUCAAAAUAUAUUUUUUAAAAAGACUACUACUUAUUCACACUCAUUUUGCUUUAAGGGCAGGUGGGGCAUCUGUCUGAGCCACUCCUAGACUGAGUGGAUAAUAAACAUCUCCAUCUCCCGUUAGUCUGCACCGAGCUCUAUAAAGGCAAGUCUCUAACAUUUAACAGGCUUUCUCAGAAUUUUACAUGGACGCACUUGACUUGGCCUUUCCUUCUAUCUUCAUUGAAGACCAGGAACAGAUAUGCUCCUUGCUGGGGAAUGUAGAACUGCACCUCCUGUACAAAGCCAGUGUUCACGGAUACACAGCUUCUGCUUUCCACCAGAGAUGUGACCACCAGGGACCAACAGUGAUUGUGGCCUAUUCCAACACUGGCGACAUCUUUGGGGGCUACACCAGUGAAGAUUACACUCAAACACAGCGCUAUAUUAAUGACGAAAAGGCAUUUCUGUUUCGACUCCAAGGCACGACCCCUGUCCAGUUUAAGAUUAAAACACCUAAUGGCAGCCAGGCUCGUUAUGAUAACUACAAUGCAGGUCCUUGCUUUGGGAAUGAAGUAUAUUUUCUACACAAUAACAGUGCACAAGUGUGCUGUAAUCCAGGCAAUGUCUACAUGUUUAAUAGAAAUGAUCCUUUUGGCCAUAAUAAUUUUUAUCGCAGCAAUCAAGUCUACAAGUUGAAUGAAUGUGCAGUCUUCAAGGUAACAAAUGCGCCCAAAAUUGCAGCCCAAGCAUCAAAUUCUGUGCAGAAACCAUGGAGGAACGUCCUCUGGACAGCUGAAAAAAGAGCAGAGCUCAUGGAAUCGAUUAAGAAUUACAAACCCCCGAUUAGCAGUGUGAAAAGGAUCCGGGUUCUGCUGAUUGGUCCUAUUGGUGCUGGGAAAUCUAGUUUCUUCAACUCCAUCAACUCUGUGUUUAGGGGCCAUGUGACCAGCCAAGCCAUGUCAGGAUCUUCAGGCACCAGUGUCACUAACCAGUUCCGCACCUAUACAGUGAAGGCUGGCCGUGAAGGAAAUGCUUUGCCGUUGAUUUUAUGUGACACUAUGGGAUUGGAGGAGUUUUCAGGGGCUGGACUGAACAUCGACGACAUCAGCAGCAUCAUAAAAGGUUACAUCCUAGACCGGUAUAAAUUCAACCCAGCAUCACCGUUUCAGCCAGAUGAACGAUCGGAUUUCAAGCCUGUCACUCUGCAGGACAAAAUCCACUGUGUUGCCUAUGUUCUAGACACUGGUAAAGUGUCCCUCCUAUCCAGUAAAGUGGAGGAAAAACUCACAGCCAUUCGCCAGAGGGUCAACUCACUGGGAAUUCCUCAAAUUGUUCUGCUCACUAAAGUCGAUGAAGCUUGUCCUGACGUGGGAAAAGAUCUACAGAACAUUUACUUCAGUGCCGUCAUCAAGACUAAGUUCCAGGAGGCGAGUAAUCGCUUAGGCGUGCCCAUGUCUAAUAUAAUACCAGUGAAGAACUACAGUCACGAGCUGGAGUUGGACCUGAACUGUGACAUCCUGCUCCUAACUGCAGUGCAACAGAUGCUCCGCUUUGCAGACAACUACUUUGAUGAUAUCAGUGCUGUGUAGGACAUCAUCUUCUAAACCAGCAGAUGGAUUCAUUUGGAUACUUUCUAAAAGAUAUUCAGUUAUUUUGUGCACUAUAACUAAAGUCUAUAAAGAAAUAAUUCAGUAGUUUAACAUUAUAGUUAGAGCCUAAAGGUAGAAAUAGAGUUGGGUUCAGGUUACAGAAAGUUGAAAAUCUAUGUAUAAGAAAAUCUAUUUGUGAAAUCACAGCAUGCACAACCCAUUGACAGUUCAGGUUACUUAGUGAACUGUAGCUAACAUUAAUAAAGGAAUAAUUCAGUAGUCCUAUGCGUAACGUUAUAGUUAAAACCUAAAGCUUGGGAUAAGAUUAGGAUUUUGGUUGAAGGUAGAGAUAGGCUAAAAAUUAUGUAAAACUAUGUUCAACAUUUAGCUUGCAUAAGCCAUUUACAGCGAUAAAUAAAACAUAAGUCUGAUGUGAAAUUGCCUUUGUAUUGACUCAGCAUUCUUGACUGUAUAUGCUUUUUUGUAAAAUGCUUGAAGGCUUGUUACCAUCACUUAAAAACACUUUUCAAGUGGCUGAAGCUCAGAUCAUAGUUUGAAGAUUGCGGCAUUUAACAAGGUUAUUUUAUUAUUAUUUUUUUUUAAUGUAUCCUUUACCUAGAAAAGGGCAUGUAAUAUACCUUUAAAGCUACUCUAAAAACUAAUGACAGCCUAUCUAUGUACCUUAAAUCACUUUAAGGAAACAACAGAUCCAGACACAAGAUUAAAGGGACAACCUCACCACUUCGGCAAUAAGGAAAGGUACCAUAUAGUACCAUGUUUUUCUGUGAGUGUAUAGAUUCUUCAUUUCUAUGUGCUUUCACAUUUGUUCAGUCUCCUGGCACUACUACCUGAUUAACUUUAUGUAACCCAGAGGUAUGUAUGUGCUUAUGGCAUAGAUUUUGUUGUUGGUAAUAAUGGUGUAAAUUUAAAGAAAAAUCCAUACCUCCAGAGUAUGUAUUCAGUGGAGAAUUAAUAUGUGUGAAAAAUGAUUAACAUGUCUUGUAUUACUGCAUUUACUAUGUUACAUUCACCAAAAACAGGUAUGAAACAGUUCUAUGUUGCUCUGAAUACAAUCUGUAUCAACAGGCUCAUAAUUACAUGGAGAUGAACACAACAGGCUUGAUUUAAAAUGUUCAGGAUGCAUUUCUGGGCAUGUGCCCAGUGUUCCUAUGAUGGACUUCGAUUCCACCAUGACCCCCCUCCUGGCCAGAAUA